GGGGCGGAAGUGGGCGGGGAUGGUGAGUGAUGGCGGCCCGCCGGCGCGAGGGGAGGCUCGGGGUUGCCGCUCAGGCCCUGGUUCGGGUGUGGUGAGAGCUGUGCCACGGGAGCUGCCAGUCUCGCUGUCUGGGGUUGCAGAGAGGCUGUGGGCUCGGUACCGGUCCUCGGUGAGGUCGAGCAGCCGUGCGGUUCUUCACAGCUUGAGGACCGCGGGUGUCCGCGUUCCACUUCUUGCUGUGUCACUACCAGAUCUGGUAGACUGAAUGAAGUGGGGAAAAAAAUGUUGCUAUCACAGCUUACUUCCCGGCUGCUGAAGGCUUCACGAGUCGCAGGGCACUUUCUGCCGAGGUCGGUGUCUUCCUUUCUUUGCUGUCAUUCUACAUCUGUGAACUAUUGCACACAGCCACCUAAUAAGAAUGGAGCCCAGCCUCAGCGGUGGCACGUGCUGGAGCCUGAACUGGAAGAGAUGUUGGUCCCCAGAAAGCUUUCCAUCAGCCCCUUAGAAAGCUGGCUGACAGUUAGAUACUCCCUUCCUAGAGCAGAGGUCAGUAUUGCUCAGGAAGAAGUGGGCUCUGGGCCUGUCCAGAGAUAUGACUGUCCUCCAUCUGAUGAGGGAGCUGACGUGGAGGAAGGGGAAGGAACACCAAACAACACGCUGCAGUGUAAGAACGUGUUGAAGAUCCGCAGACGGAAAAUGAAUCGACACAAAUUCAAGAAGCUGUUGAAGAGAAGGAAGUUUGUGAGAAGGAGGAUAAAGGAAGGGCGCAAGAAGAAACGGCAGGUAAAAUUUGAGAAAGAUUUGGAGCGCAUCUGGAAAAGAGCUGGUUUGAAAAGUCCUCCUGCAGGAUGGCAAACACCCAAGAUAUUCCUGAGAAGUUCCAAGCGAUAGAAAUACUUGUAAUGAGUUUUCACAUGUAAUUGUAAUUAAAAGAAAUAUUUAAGUAUGCA